AUGAUUGAUACUACUAAUACUAUUAAUAAUGGCAAUGCCGCUUCUUCCGCUAUUGAACAAGCUUGUGAUUCAUGUAGAAAACGUAAAUUACGUUGUUCAAAAGAAUUACCUCGUUGUACGAAGUGUAUCCAACAUAAUUGGAAUUGUUCCUAUAGCCCAAGAACGGUUAGAUCUCCGUUAACAAGAGCUCAUUUAACUGAAGUUGAAAAUAAA